AUGAAAGAAACUGUUGAACUUCUUAUUUCGCAUGGUGCAAAUAUCAAUGAAAAAGGUAAAGAUGGAAAAACCGCUCUUCAUGUUGCAGCAUUAAAAAAAGUAAAGAAACAGCCGAACUUCUUAUUUCGCAUGGUGCAAAUAUCAAUGAAAAAGAUAAAGAUGGAAAAACUGCUCUUCAUAUUGCAGCAUUAA